AUGGUUUUGGGAGUUGAUCAUCUCGUCGCUGACAUCCUCGCCGUUCAAGAAGCGUUCAGCGAUGAUAUUCCGCUAGAGUUGCUCGAUUCGGUCAUGGGCUACAUUGGUCCCCGAAAGCCGCAGAAACUGUGUCGUGAGAGUAGAGUCAGAUGCCAACAGUGCUGCGAUGGCAGUUGGUGGCACCGCCAAGUGGAGGCCCACAAGGGCCAUGCUUUUGACCCGGUACGUCAACUCCAGUACGAAAUCAUGGAAGGCUCUGUCGUGAGUAAGCAGGGCUCCUGCUGUCAACCAGUCAAGGUCGGCGACUCAACUGGUCAUUGGGGCAUUCUUGCUUGCCAUAAGGAUCGGCUUUACGUUGGUAUCGAUUAUGAUGGUGCCGACAAGUCCAUCAAAGAAGUCGACGUGCGGAGUGGGAGGAGUCGGGCCGCUGUGAAGCCAGAGUUCAAGCCUACCGUUUUCGAUGUUGCUGACCGCCAGGAGCAAGGUUUACGGUUCAGCUACCUUGAUCCUUGCCAGCGGAAUUGUGUCUUCAUCGUUGAUGAAGGCUGUGAGAAGGAAAGGCGUAUAAGCCUUCCUAGUGUCAGCGGCUCUGUGCGUUUCAUCACUCCUAAUGUCAUUUGUGCAAGUGUCUCUCGUCAUUACGAGCUCAGACUUGCCCUUGUGGAAAUCGGUGAUGAUGACGAAACGCCUAAGUACCUGGACGACUUUGAUCUGGGUGUUGCUGGUAUGUAUAUCAGAGGGAUGGAGAUAAGCCCUUGUGGUCAUAUUCUCCAAGUCAAAACUCGAGAGAAAACGAUCGAGAUUGGUGUACACUAUGCUUGA